GACGCCGUGUGGAGGGAGAGGGGACAGGUCUUCUCUGUCCUCACCAAGCUGGGCUCCUCCUGCCAACUGGUCCGCCCGCCUGACGAUAUCAAAUGCAGGUCAGCCAGUCAGUCAGUCAGUCGGUCGACAGCCAGCCAGUCAGCUAUUCAGUUAGUCAGCCAGCCAGCCAGUCAGCCAGCCAGUCAGCCAGCCAGUCAGCCAGUCAGUCAGUCAGUCAGUCAGUCAGUCAGUCAGUCGGUCGACAGCCAGCCAGCCAGCCAGCCAGUCAGCUAUUCAGUUAGUUAGCCAGUCAGUCAGCAAGUCAGUCAGUCAGUCAGUCAGUCAGUCAGUCAGUCAGUCAGCCAGUCAGCUAGCUAUUCAGUUAGUCAGUCAGUCAGUCAAGCCAGUCAGUUAGCCACCCAGCCAGCCAGUCAGUCACUCCCACUGUCAUUGAUAUGCAACUCCCUCUGUCUUAUGUCAGUAUACAGAUUCAUUAAGGUGACUUCAAAUCCAAUUGUAUUUGUCACUUGCUUGGUAAACAACAGGUGUAGCCUAACAGUAAAAUGCUGACUGACAGGCCCUUCUCAACAGUGCAGAGAGAUAAAUAAUAAUAAGAGGAAUAAAUACACAGUAAUGAUAACUAGGCUAUAUACACGGGGUACCAGUACCGAGUCCAUGUGCAGGGGUACGAGGACAUUGAGGUAGCUAUGUUCAUAUAGGUUAAAGUGACUAGGCAACAGGAUAGAUAAUAAACAGUAGCAGCAGCGUAUGUGAUGAGUUAAAAGAGUUAGUGCAAAAAGGGUCAAUGCAGAUAGUCCGGGUAGCUAUUUGGUUAACUAUUUAGCAGUCUUAUGGCUUGCGGGUAGAAGCUUUUCAGGGUGCUGUUGGUGCAUUGGUACCGCUUGCUGUGCGAUAGCAGAGAGAACAGUCUGUGACUUGGGUGGCUGGAGUCUUUGACAAUUUCUAGGGCCUUCCUGUGACACCGCCUGGUAUAGAGGUCCUGGAUGGCAGGAAGCUCGGCCCCAGUGAUGUACUGGGCCGUAGGCACUACCCUCUGUAGCGCCUUGCGGUCAGAUGCAGCCAGUCAGGAUGCUCUCAAUGGUGUAGCUGUAGAGCUUUUUGAGGAUCUGAGGGCCUAUGCCAAAUCUUUUCAGCCUCCUGAGGGGGAAGAGGCGUUGUCGUUCUUUCUUCAUGACUGUGUUGGUGUGUGUGGACCAUGUUAAUUCCUUAGUGAUGUGGACACCAAGGAACUUGAAGCUCUUGACCCGCUCCACUACAGCCCCGUCGAUUUGAAUGGGGGUGUGCUCGGCCCUCUGUUUCCUGUAGUCAACGAUCAGCUCCUUUGUGUUGCUGACGUUGAGGGAGAUUUUGUUGUCCUGAUACCACACUGCCAGGUCUCUGACCGCCUCCCUAUAGGCUGUCUCAUCGUCGUCGGUGAUCAGGCCUACCAUCGUCGUGUCGUCAGAAAACGUAAUGAUGGUGUUUGAGUCGUGCGCGGACACGCAGUCUUGGGUGAACAGGGAGUACAGGAGGGGAGUACAGUACCUGAAGGGCCCCUGUGUUGAGGGUCAGUGUGGUAGAUGUGUUGUUGCCUACCCUCACCACCUGGGGGCGGCCCGUCAAGAAGUCCAGGAUCCAGUUGCAGAGGGAGGUGUUCAGUCCCAGGGUCCUUAGCUUAGUGAUGAGCUUCGAGGGCACUAUGGUGUUGAACGCUGAGCUGUAGUCAAUGAACAGCAUUCUCACAUAGGUGUUCCUCUUGUCCAGGUGGGAGUGGGCAGUGUGGAGUGCAAUAGAGAUUGCAUCAUCUGUGGAUCUGUUGGGGCAGUAUGCGAAUUGGAGUGGGUCCAGGGUGUCUGGGAUGAUGUGAGCCAUGACCAGCCUUUCAAAGCAUUUCAUGUCUACAGAUGUGAGUGCUACGGGGCGAUAGUCAUGUAGACCGGUGUUCACCUUGGCGUUCUUGGGCACAAGGACUAUGGUGGUCUGCUUCAAACAUGUAGGUAUUACAGAAUGGGUCAGGGAGAGGUUGAACAUGUCAGUGAAGACAGUUGCCAGCUGGUCAGCAGGCUCUGAGUAUGUGUCCUGGUAAUCCGUCUGACCCUGCGGCCUUGUGAAUGUUAACCUGUUUAAAGGUCUUACACACAUCAGCUACAGAAAGACUUGAGGAAAGUGAAAAAACUUAACUUAACUAUUUUGCUGUUUUGGGUGAGGAAAAUGUAGCCCUAAAUGUUAACUGUCUUUUUGUCUCUCAGUCUGUUAGAGAUGAUGCUGGAGUCUUCUCUGUCAGACCUGAGGGACUCCCAGGGUGUGUUUCUGCCAUUCUUCCCCAGUCUGCUCCGCCUCCUCAGGCUGCUCCAGGACUUCCUCUUCUCAGAGGGAACAGACAACCAGGCACUGUGGAGCGAGAAGGUACAGUACUGCACCAUGGUCCAAACGUUGUCUGCAUCUCAAAUGGCACCAUAUUUCUAUGUAAUGCACUACUUUUGACCAGGACCCAUAGCGCUCUGGUCAAAAGUAGUGCACUAUGUAGGGAAUAGGGUGCCAUUUUGGAUGCAGACAAUAUCAACCAUGCACAAUUAUUUGGGAGUGUAAAAUCUGUGAUCUGGUGGUAUCCUUUUGCAUAGGGUUGACCUUUCUACCCAACACCUGAGAAAGAGAGACUAUGGAUAUGAGUAUGUGCCACUGAGAUGAGAGUUUGUCAGUGCAAACUGUCCACUAUAUAAACCAUAGGUUGAGGAUGUCUGCACUUGAUUGCAGGAAAUGAAUGCUCAACUCUUAGAUGUAAAGUCUCCUGUUUAGGGGACCUGCGUGUUUCUGGUACCGGUUCCGACUGACAUUUUCACUUAGAAAUCCAUCUGUGGACACCGUAGAUCGAAAUGGCUUGCAUUGAGCAUUAGCCCUGGUUCCCACGAACACAGUAGUAUAUUUUUUGCGCCUGUGUAACGUAGGAUGUGAAAUCUGAAACCACUUGAAGCUGGGAUGUCCCUCCUACCAUUUAAUCAGGAGGGUAGCUCUCCGGGAACAUGGACAAUAUUAAUAUGAGACGAAAAGCGAGUUCCUAACGAGUUCAGGAAGCCAAGCUAAAGCUCUGUUUGUCGUUCACAGCGAUGGGGGCAGAUGUUUUGAUCAAGAGAGACCUUUAGACAAUAUGCACAUUUUCUGUAACACUAAAAAUACAAAUAUGUGUAUUUUACAGUUGUAAGGAAGGUGAAAUCUUAUAGUUAGUGGUUUUAUAAUCUGAUUAUACUAUAUUUAGAAAGCAUAUAUGUAAUUUCAAGCCUUAUUCAUACAGUUCUGUUGAAUAAGAAAUGCGUCAUAAGCUUUUCAUAUUUUCAUAUUUGUAUCAUAUUUGUACUGUGUACUUGAGCUUGUGUCCUCGAAAGUGACUACACCUCAGCAAUGUAUAACUAUUUUUACCAGAAAGGUGAGAUUUUAACCUUUCUUGGAGUAUGCAGCAUUACUAGUUGUUGUUUAUGGUCCUCUCAUGAUAAAUAAUACAUUUUCGGGGAUUACGUAGAUUACAUUUUAGAUUACAUGCAGUUACAUGUAUUAAUGGUACAGCUACUUCCUGUUAUUGUGAAGGUAUGUGUGUUUAAUGUCAGUGGAUGUGUCUUGUCUUGCAUGUUUGCUUUAGCUUGGUUACUGUUUUGAAGGAUGUUCUAGCUAUAUCAUUAACCGUGUGGUAACAGGUCUUGACAGUUGAGUUAUCAUCUAUGUUCAUUGUUAUUUGUUUUUUCCACGUAUCUUCACUCAUGCCUACAUCAUUGCCCCUUGUGGGAAUUGAAUUGAAUUCAAAUGUAUUGUAGAUUGUUCACAGGUGUGUUGUCGUUGUAGAUCUUUGAGGGGGUGGUGAAUCUGCUGGACCGACUACAGGCCUGGCACAGCACCCCUGUUACCCCCGGGGUUGUGGAACUCAGAGAGAUGGCUCAGAUCGGCCUGCGCAUCAUCACCGGCUACAUCCAGCAACAGGACUCACAGGUCAGUCACCUAUGUUACGCUACGCCCACCUCCCUCUAACCAAACUGGACUGUCUCAAACUCUGGACUGCAUCCCAAAUGGCACCAUAUUCCCUAUAUAGUGUACUAGGUUUGACCAGGGCCCAUAGGCUGGAAUAGGGGGUGGAGUAGAGCCAUUUGGGACUCAAGUUCUUUCUCCAAACUACAUCCAUUGAGGGCAUUAGUCAAAGCGUGGGUUUGAAACUUUAAACUCCAAAUGUUGUGGGACCAAUCCCAAUGCUCUGUCUGUCAGUACACAUUUACUAUCAAAUAAAGGUUAGGUUUGAUAGACCUUUUGAGGGAAAGCGUAUUUACAAUACCAGUCCUUCUAUGGUUAUCUAUCAGUGCACAGAGACAUAGCUAGCAUUCCUCCCAGGGAGUGUUGUGUAUGAUGGGGCAGCUCCUCUCUGAGUUAUAACUACUGCUGAGCUGCGUCCCAAAUGGUACCCUAUUCCCUACCUAGUGCACUACUUUCUGGCCAAAGGUUGUGCACUAUGUAGGAAAUAGGGUGCCAUUUGGCACUCCGGACCUACUGUAGGAGUGUGGGAUCAAGUGGUCAUAAAUAAAUGGUCCAAAGUGUUCCUUUUAAGCGCUGGGAUUAAAAAUAUAUUUUUUUGAGGAAAAAACUUGAAUUGCUGUUGUGUGUUUUUGUUAGUAUUACUCCAGUACACCACUUCAAAAAUCAAUCAGCUGAGGAAUAAUACUAUUAGGUUUGUGUACUGAUGAAACAUUUACUGGGACUUCUGUUGAAUUUAAGACCUAUGAGAGUACUUUUGAAGUGGAGCAUAAUUUGCUUUUUGACCAAAGAAUUUCUCUCUCUCUCUCUCUCUCUCUCACGCUCUCUCUCUCUCUCUCUCGCUCGCUCGCUCGCUCGCUCACUCUCUCUCCUUCCUCUCUCUCCUUCCUUUCUUCCUCUCUCUCUCUCUCUCUCCCUCUCUCUCUAUCUCUCAUGCUCUCUCUCUCUCGCUCGCUCACUCUCUGUCCUCUCUCUCCUUCCUUCCUUCCUCUCUCUCUCUCUCUCUCUCGCUCGCUCGCUCGCUCGCUCUCUGUCCUCUCUCUCUCUCUCUCUCUCUCCUUCCUUCCUUCCUUCCUCUCCCUCUCUCUCUCUCUCUCUCUCUCUCCCUCUCUCUCUCCCCCCUCUCCCUAUCUCCCCAGGUGUCUGUAAUGGCCUGCGUUAAACUCCACAGCCUCCUGCAGACAGUUCUGUCUCUGGGCUGGGAUGAGGUGUGCUUCCUGCUGGGGCGACUCGGUGCCCCCCUGUGGCCCGGCGGGGUAAUGGAGGUACAUUUAUGUUUUACAUUUUGGUCAUUUAGCAUACCACCUUUAUCCAGAGCGGCUUAAAAUCAGUGCAUUCAACUAAGCUAGGUAAGACAACCACAUAACAUAGUCAUUGCAAUUAAAACUUUCCUUUAGCUAUUUGAUAAUUCAGUGCUAGUGUGAGACCUUUUAUUGUAAGAACAUAAUGGAAUUUGAGACUUAAUGGGACUUUUAUUUUGACAUCCAUUAUUCUGGUGUUUCCAUUCUUAUCACCGGCCUUUUACACUAGUAAAUUCAGACCAGUGUAAGAAAGACAAGUACAACAGUAAGGUGUUUUUUUGUUUUUUUUAAAGGCGGGCACCAACGGAGGGCACACAGAGACCUUUUCUCAGCUGGUGCCCAUCGUGCGUACCCUCCUGGACCAACACGCUGACCCCGUGACCCUGCACGGCCUGCUGCCCAGCCUGCCAGUCACCAACGGCAGCUCCACCUUCGCCCAGGACCUCCAGAGCUACUGCCAUACAGUAGAGUGGCUGGACUUCUGCCAACGCCAUGUCAGUACUACUCAACCUUCAUUUAUGUAUCUUCUUGUUUAUAUAGGCUGUGUCCCAAAUGGCAUUUCCCUAUACAGUGCACUACUUUUGACCAGGGCCUUAUAGACGGGUUGGUUGUUUAGCAACAAAACCAACGAGUGCGCAACUAUGGGGCAAAACAGACGGGCUUGGCUUAGAUUGUUGACAACAUAUUACAACUAUAUUUUGUCUCCAACGUUUAUUGAAGCUGAAUAUACAUUUGCACAAUGAGCACUUUUUAUUUCUAAAAUCCUUCGUUACAGUUGUUGGUUAGCUAGCUAGGGAAUUCGAGCUGUAUUAGCAUAGACGUGACAUCAGUCAAAACACCUCAAAACAAAACAAAACAUGGUAUCAAGAACAACAUAAAACUAUCUGAAACGAGCCACCUACGAUUCCCCCACAUGGCAGCUUCUUGUCAUUGUUGCUAGCCAUCGGACCAUCCAGAAUCACAACAUCACACGGCCUUCUGCCCCAUUUGAAGUGUGCACAUGGUUUUGGUGACGUUGUCAGCUAAGCCAUCUAUGGGGGUAUGAAGAGAAUAAGGUGUUAUUUGGGACCUGAUUUAUUUCACACGGACAAUGACUAAUAAUGGUAUUUUCUUAAGGAGUGGGUGAGUCCCACUACUUUCUUUAAUUGUUGAGUUUGUUUUAUUGAAGAGAUAGUAAACUGGUUGGAAAGACGGAGAAGGUUGAGUCAAAGGGCAGUGGGACGGAUUCGAACCCAUGCCGACUCUGGCAUACAUGUGUGCUGUAACGGCUGGACCACACAGGCCUCGGACAAUGCAUUAUAAUCAACGUCUCAGACAGUGCCGUAGUUAGCUGGACAGCUCAUUUUCCUCCGUAGUCCCUUGGUCGUCCCUGGACAGGCUAAAAACAUUAGCUUGUACACUUCUCUUCUUUAGUUCAGGAAACUGAACGGAUUCUGUAGGUGCUGCUACUGAAUGCGGUGUUGCUGUUUGUCUCUUGUCUCAGGCUAGUAUUUCUAGACCGGCUGAGGCAUCCUUCUUUCUGCCUCAGAGUGAAAACUAAACCAGGGACAGAUAAUCUGUCUGUUCAGUGUCAUCCGCAUUGUGUUCUCUGGUCCUCCUCUCACUAUUUACCUCCUAGUCUACACACUGGAGGUACGUGGAUGGAAGACCAGGACUUUUUUCCCAAGAGAGUGACUCCUCUCCCAGUUUAGAAAUGAGAACAGAAUCUGAAUGCUUACCUUUUCUUUACCGUGUGAAUGUAAUGGAAGAGAAGCCGCCUAGCAGACCAAGAGGUUUGAUGAUAUGAAGCCAAACAGACGUCUCCCCCUUAGUUCAGCUGAGGAUUUAUUAUGAAUGUGUGUGACAGUGUAUAAUCAUAAAUCUGUUUUGUUUAGAUCUCUUGUAUAUAGAAAUUACAGAAUAUAUUAGCAUGUCAUAGAUCUGGCAGUAGAGCCCAGUUUUGACUUAUGCUCCCAGUCUUUGAGCAACAGUGUGUGUGUGUGUGUGUGUGUGUGUGUGUGUGGGGUGUGUGGUUGGUGGUCUGUGUGUGUCUGUGUGUGUCUGUGUGUGUCUGUGUGUGUGUGUGUGUGUGUGUCUGUUCGUGCAUGCUCGUGUGCGUGUGCCCGUUUAUCAGCUUAUGUUAGCAUUAUGUCCAUAUAUAAUGUAUAGGUGGUAUAUAACAUUACUGUAUAUAAUGUGUGUAUGUAAUGUGUAGGUGGUAUAUAACAUUACUGUAUAUAAUGUGUGUAGUAAUGUAGUGUGGUGAUAACAUUACUGUAUAUAAUGUAUAGGUGGUAUAUAACAUUACUGUAUGUAAUGUAUAGGUGGUAUAUAACAUUACUGUAUGUAAUGUGUAGGUGGUAUAUAACAUUACUGUAUAUAAUGUGUGUAUGUAAUGUGUAGGUGGUAUAUAACAUUACUGUAUGUAAUGUAUAGGUGGUAUAUAAUAUUACUGUAUAUAAUGUAUAGGUGGUAUAUAACAUUACUGUAUAUAAUGUAUAGGUGGUAUAUAAUAUUACUGUAUAUAAUGUAUAGGUGUAUAUAACAUUACUGUAUAUAAUGUAUAGGUGGAUAUAACAUACUGUUAUAAUGUGUGUAGGUAAGGUAGGUGGUAUAUAACAUACUGUAUGUAAUGAUAGGUGGUAUAUAAUAUUAUGUAAUAUGUAUAGGUGGUAUAUAACAUUACUGUAUAUAAUGUAUAGGUGGUAUAUAAUAUUACUGUAUAUAAUGUAUAGGUGGUAUAUAAUAUUACUGUAUAUAAUGUAUAGGUGGUAUAUAACAUUACUGUAUAUAAUGUGUGUAUGUAAUGUGUAGGUGGUAUAUAACAUUACUGUAUAUAAUGUGUGUAUGUAAUGUAUAGGUGGUAUAUAACAUUACUGUAUAUAAUGUGUGUAUGUAAUGUAUAGGUGGUAUAUAACAUUACUGUAUAUAAUGUGUGUAUGUAAUGUGUAGGUGGAUAUAAACAUUACUGUAUUAACGUGUGUAUGUAAUGUGUAGGUGGUAUAUAACAUUACUGUAUAUAAUGUGUGUAUGUAAUGUGUAGGUGGUAUAUAACAUUACUGUAUAUAAUGUGUGUAUGUAAUGUGUAGGUGGUAUAUAACAUUACUGUAUAUAAUGUGUGUAUGUAAUGUGUAGGUGCAGCCCACCAUGGAGCAGUAUGAACUGGAUACGUUUGGCAAGAGUCAUGACCUCAUGUCUAACUUCUGGAACUCAUGCUUUGAUGACCUGAUGAGCACUGCCAUACAGCGGGACAAAGAGCGGGCCUACAGCAAAGACAAGUUCCAGGUAAAUGAUGCUAGUAGCAUUUGUCAUCCUCAGACAGACUCUUUGGUGGAACUCUUAUGAAGUCAUAGUACAGCCCACUGUUGUCCAUUAUGAAAUUACCUCUAUUAUGACAUCAAUAUCAAGUCAAUAUUAUGUGGCUUGAAACUUGUUUUAUUUAGCAUCUAGUUCUACUGUAUUCAUUCUAUUAUGGUGAUCUAGAGGUAUUUUGAGGCAGUGUAUUAUCAACCCAGUAGAACUUGGUUUGUGCUUGUAUUGCUGAUUGGUAACUAACCUACAGGUAUUUCUGUGUCUGCGUCUGUGUGUGUGUGUGUGGGGGGGGGGGGGGGGGGUCUCUGUGUGUGCUCAUAAAGGAGGUGAUAUUGGACCCGUACCUGAGGCGGGUACGCAGUGAAAACAGUCGUUACCACAGUGGUCAGAAACAGAGCUCCGGCCAGCAGGGGGUGGUGUGGCGCCACUGGAAGUCCCUCCGCAGGCUGCUCACAAGCGAGAGAGGGGCCUGGGCACACAGGUCUGACUCUAUCGUAUCUGUAUCUGUGGGUGCGUCCCAAAUGGCACCCUAUUCACUAGGUAGUGCACUACUUUUGACCAUGGGCCAAAAAUAAAUAAACAUGCUCACAUCACUUCCAUUGAUUUUUAGCUAGUGGUGGCUAAAGUUAGCUUAAGUUUGUAAUGGCUGUUUAAAGAAAACUGAACCCUGGAUUACAGUUUCUCCUGGCUCAUAGGUUACUUUCAAGGUGAGGAACCAUCUAACAUCAUGUGGCAAAAUAGUGAACAACUCCUUUAACCAUUAGGGGUUAAAGUGCAAAACUGACCCUAGAUCAACAUAUAAUGGAAGCUUUGCCCUAAACCGGAUGGACUCAACCACUAAUGUCACAUUGUAAGCUUUGUUGUGGUGCUUUGUGCCUGACCAGAAUCUACUGUGAUUUCUACCUCAGAGUCCCACUAGAGGUGAAAUGGAAGUUGUCCAGUGCGGAGACGUAUUCUAAGAUGCGUCUGAAACUGGUGCCCAACUACCACUAUGACACUCACCUGGAAGCCAGCGCCUCCAGAGACAAUAUGGGUAUGCCUUAUGAGAUGAGAAAUAUACAUCGCAUGCUAGGAGUUAAUGUGCUUGCCGUGUUAUGACGUUGUAGUCAUGUCUACAACAUUUCAGUAAAUUGCUUUCGUUGAGCAGAAGCAAGUUUCCAAACUUAAAUUGGUAGGUGUUCUGUUUUCGUGUGCAGGUUAGCUCAGGGCACUGCUGUGUUUUGAAGAUGUGUUUAAAAUCUGUGUUCAGGUAACAUUCGAUGACAUUAGAUUAGAAGACCUUUAUUUUAAGAUUGGAAAAUUUGUUUGGCAUUUUAAGCUUCACAACAUCAUAAAAAGUAAAUAAAUAAAAAUGUCAUCACGAAUAUCUGCUCAGGUAAUAUAGGUUUGUGAGAGUGUGUUCAGGUUCAGUAGAAAUGUAUUGUCUGUCUGCUUCUCUCCACAUCAGGAGCUGAUAGCCCUCGCAGUUCAGAACCCCUCCCAUUGGCUGUUGCCAAGGAGGCCAAAGUGAGUGACAUGGAGGACGACCAGUUAGGAGAAGAGGACAUUGUCUUUCUGGACAACAAGUGAGUGACUUGAUCUCCACCCCCUAUCCACUCCACAUAUCAAUCUCCGCACCUGAUUCAACUAGUAAAAUGAUCAGCAAGCCCUUGGUUAAUUGAAUCAGAAAUGCUAGUGGUGGAAUAUUCAUACCCUUGGUUAGUUGAAUCAGAAAUGCUAGUGGUGGAAUAUUCAUGCCCUUGGUUAGUUGAAUCAGAAAUGUUAGGUCUGGAAUAUUAAUGCCCUUGGUUAGUUGAAUCAGAAAUGCUAGUGGUGGAAUAUUAAUCUGAUACAACAAAUGUUUUGUCUAUCUGUUCGUCAGGGUGGAGGGGGAGGACGACAGUCAGAAGGAGAAGCUGGUUCUGUCGGAGGACUGUGAGCUCAUCACCAUCGUGGCGGUGGUUCCGGGUCGGCUGGAGGUCACCACACAUCACCUCUACUUCUACGACGCCAGCAGUGAGAAGGAGGAGACGGAAGAGGGUGAGGACUGAGACGUCUGGCAAUGGACACUAUGGGGCAGUUUCCCGGACACAGAUUAAACCUAGUCUGGGAUCGUAAAGCUAUAUCAAUGGAGAUUCUCCAUUCAGCAUGCUUUCUAGUCCAGGACUAGGCUUCAUCUGUCCAGAGGAUCGUAUUUGUGUGUGCAUCAUUCUCCAGUUACAUUAAAGAACAGUCACUGCUGACAUCAUGAUACAAUUUAAUCUGAAAGAGUUGUUGUUGACAAACGUCUUCUAUCCAGGAAUUGGGUUUGAUUUCAAGCGGCCCCUGUCUCAGCUGAGAGAGGUGCACCUGAGACGAUACAACCUGCGUCGCUCUGCUGUGGAGAUGUUCUUCAUCGACCAGUCACACUACUUCAUCAACUUCAAGAAGAAGGUGUGUCUUUAGUCUAACUGAUACAAUUCAAGGGCCUGCGGUCUUUGAAGGCUAAUGAGGGGAGGACGGCUCCUAGUAAUGGCUGGAAUGGAGGGAAUGUAUUGGUAUCAAACACAAAGAAACCAUGUCUUUGUGUCUGAUACCAUUCCAUUCAUUCCGUUUCCAGCCGAGCCCGUCCUCCGAUUUUAAAGGUGGCACCAGCCUCCACUGUCUUUGUACCACAGUGUUGACCCCAAUACCUGUGAAAGAUGUGGAAUUGUAUCAUUAUUUGACACCAAUGGUAAUGAUAAUGUGAAGUGAUUUGAAAAGGACCACUGUAAGAGACAUCUAUAACCUGUCCCCGACCCCCCAGGUGAGGAACAUGGUGUACUCUAGGAUCCUGGGGCUGCGGCCCCCCAACCUCUUCUAUUUCGGCUCCCGCUCUCCUCAGGAGCUCCUCAAGGCUUCUGGACUCACACAGGUACAGCUGAUAACUCUGACUGCAUCCCAAAUGACACCCUAUUCCCUAUAUAGUGCACUACUUUUGACCAGGGUCCAUAGGGCUGUGGUCAAAAGCAGUGCACUAUGUAGGAAAUAGGGUGCCAUUUGGGAUGCAACCGUGUGUUACAACCCGUGUGUUACAAUAGAAAACUAUAUUACCUCAGUAAUAUGUUAUUGAAUGAGUCUCAGAUGAUGAUGUGUCAGAAAUGUCUGCUAAACUAAGAGGAAGCUGCUGUUUGUGUGUGUCAUUAGAGAUGGGUAUGCAGAGAGAUUUCCAACUUUGAAUAUCUGAUGCAACUGAACACCAUCUCUGGACGUACCUACAACGACCUGUCUCAGUACCCUGUGGUAAGUCCCUGUCCAGUAAUCCAGUGAGUGAGGGAGGAAUGGAUGGAUGGAUGGAGGAACGAAUGAAUUAACGAAUGAAUGAAUGAACGAAGGAAUAAAUGAAUGAACGAAUGAAUGGACAGAAGAAUAAAUGAACGAAUGAAUCAUUGAAUCUAUGAAUGAAUGCAGGAACAAACGAACUAACAGCAUUUAUGCUGUAGUCCAGUGUAAUCUAAUGGUGUCCCUGUGUUGGGUUGUGUCCAGUUCCCAUGGGUGCUGAGUGACUACACCUCUCCAGUUCUGGACCUGGAGGACCCAGCCGUGUUCAGAGACCUGUCUAAACCCGUCGGAGUAGUCAACUCCCGCCACGCACAGAACGUCAGGGAGAAGUGAGUACUGCAGUAACCUCACACAGAGAAACCCAGAGCUCUGUCCCAGAUGCCACCCUAUUCCCUAUGUAUGUCACCAUUUUGAACCAGGGAAUAUGUGGCUCUGGUCAAAAGUAGUGCACUAUGUAGGGAAUAGGGUGCCAUUUGGGACGCAGACUAGAUCAUCUCCAGUUCUCUUAAAACACAAGCUUACCCUAUUAUAUCUGUUGUGUUAUCUGCAUUUAGUCUGGUUUAUUAUGACGAGUAUUAUACACAGUAUACAUGCUCCACAAAUACACUUUGUUACUGCAUGUGUUUAAUGUUUAAGUCAUUGUUAUUCCUAUUAAUGCAUGGCACCAUUUUCAUCAUCUUGUCUGAUCAGGUAUGAGAGCUUUGAGGACUCAACCGGCACGAUAGAUAAGUUCCACUAUGGAACACACUACUCUAACGCAGCAGGAGUCAUGCACUACAUGAUCCGUAUGGAACCCUUCACCACCCUCCACAUCCAGCUGCAGAGCGGCAGGUACAGUAACCCCAUCACCACCCUCCACAUCUUGCAGGGGGGCAGGGUACAGUAACCCCUUCACCACCCUCCACAUCUUGCAGGGGGGCAGGGUACAGUAACCCCUUCACCACCCUCCACAUCUUGCAGAGUGGCAGGUACAGUAACCCCUUCACCACCCUCCACAUCUUGCAGGGCGGCAGGUACAGUAACCCCAUCACCACCCUCCACAUCUUGCAGGGGGGCAGGGUACAGUAACCCCUUCACCACCCUCCACAUCUUGCAGGGGGGCAGGUACAGUAACCCCUUCACCACCCUCCACAUCUUGCAGGGGGGCAGGUACAGUAACCCCUUCACCACCCUCCACAUCUUGCAGGGGGGCAGGGUACAGUAACCCCUUCACCACCCUCCACAUCUUGCAGGGCGUGUGUGGAUGUGGGUGUAUAUUGGGUUGUGUGAAGACACGAGUGUGUAUCAGGGUGCAUGGAGCUGUGGAAGGGAGUGUGGUAGUGUUUGAAGUUGUAUGAGGAUGUAAAGUAUUAAUCUAACACUUCAAGGUGUGUGUGUGACUGUUCCAUUUGAACAGUGUGCUUCCUGGCUGUGUGUGUUGCAGGUUUGACUGUGCAGACCGUCAGUUCCACUCUGUAGCAGCAGCCUGGCAGGCUCGCAUGGAGAGCCCCGCUGACGUCAAAGAGCUCAUCCCUGAGUUCUUCUACUUUCCAGAGUUCCUGCAGAACAUCAACGGUGAGUAGCACUCCCUUCACGUGAGGAAGACUAAGCCUGUGUUCCCUUCACGUGAGGAAGACUAAGGCUGUGUUCCCUUCACAUGAGGAAGACUAAGGCUGUGUUCCCUUCACAUGAGGAAGACUAAGGCUGUGUUCCCUUCACAUGAGGAAGACUAAGGCUGUGUUCCCUUCACAUGAGGAAGGCUGUGUUAGCGAACUCACUCUGGAGUGUCACUCUGGGCAUUCGUAAAAUUCAGAACAUUGUCAGAUUGUCCGUUCGUAAAUUCAGAGCGUAUUGCUCUCGGAUUCAUCAAUUAACUAAUCAAUUAUUCUGCUCUGGCACUCUCAAACCAGAGUGCUCUAAAAUCUAAGUAGAUUUCCAGAGUGAAUUUACGAAAGCACCCUAAGUGGAAUGCAACGAUUUAUGUUAAUUCCUAUUCACAAGGCAUUUGUUACACAAUAUAUAAACACAACAUAAAUAUGGCCUAUCAUAGUGUUUUCAUACAGCCUCGUAUCCUACCAAAUGUUGGAUACUCUGUUUAUGUAGCUGAGGAAGGUUUGACUGUCUCUGUGUCUGUUUACUGCAGGGUUUGACCUGGGCAGUCUGCAGAUGACCCAGGACAAUGUGACUGAUGUUCUGUUACCACAAUGGGCCUUGUCUAGAGAAGACUUCAUCAGGAAACACAGGAAGGCUCUGGUGAGGCCUCCCGCCUGGAAAAAAUUUUUUGGCAAACACUGGUGCAACCCCCACAGCCAUGCUGCACUCUCUGAUUGGACACAUUUUAAUCAAGUAAUCAAAUACAUUUCCUUUUACAAAUGCAUUUGUCCCAAUAUUGUGUAGGAGUGUGAGCAUGUGUCCUCUCACCUCCAUGAGUGGAUUGACCUGAUCUUUGGCUGCAAGCAGAGAGGGGAGAAGGCUGUGGAGGCUCUCAAUGUCUUCUACUACUGUACCUAUGAAGGUAAGGAGAAUGGCACUUCUAUUCCCUAGAUAGUUCACUACUUUUGACCAAAGCCCUAUGGGUCCUAGUCAAAAGUACUGCACUAUAUAUAGGGAAAAGGGUACAAUUUGAGACUCACAACAUCUCCCAAUGUGAUAUGAGGAAUAGGCUUCCCUCCAUCCUCACUCAGACCCUACGAUGUAUACCAGGUACAUUUCCAUAUCAGAGUUGCACAAUAGAGUUCUGUUAUGUUCUGUUCUGUUCUGUUCUAUUCCGUUCUGUUGUGUUCUAUUCUGUUACGUUCUGUUCUGUUACGUUCUGUUCGAUUCCGUUCUGUUGUGUUGUGUUCUAUUUGAUUCUGUUCUGUUAUUUUGUGUAGGUGCGGUGGAUCUGGACGCCAUAGCCAAUGAGACGGAGCGCAAGGCCCUGGAGGGCAUCAUCAGUAACUUUGGACAGACGCCCUGUCAACUACUCAAGGUGUGUGUGUGUGUGUGUGUGUAUGUCAAGGUCUGACCCCUGUCACAUUGAAUUUACAGUCCUGCUUGAUUUGUUAAACACUCCCUCAAUUUAUAGUCUCCCUCCAUAAGCCAGAGGGAAUAGUUGUAUUGAGUCUGGAGAGUAGAGUAUGUAUGGCUCCUGCUGUCUGCCAGUGUGUGUGUGUGUGUGUGUGUGUGUGUGUGUGUGUGUGUGUGUGUGUGUGUGUGUGUGUGUUUGACUGAAUGACACGGUUUAUCAGUCUGUGAAUCUGACUGUCUGUAGCUCCCUGACUGUGUGUCUGUAGCUAGCUCUCUGGGUGUCUGUAGCUAGCUCUCUGGGUGUCUGUAGCUAGCUCUCUGACUGUAUGUAGCUAGCUCUCUGACUGUCUGUAGCUAGCUCUCUGUGUGUCUGUAGCUAGCUCUCUGACUGUCUGUAGCUAGCUCUCUGACUGUCUGUAGCUAGCUCUCUGACUGUCUGUAGCUAGCUCUCUGACUGUCUGUAGCUAGCUCUCUGACUGUCUGUAGCUAGCUCUCUGACUGUCUGUAGCUAGCUCUCUGGGUGUCUGUAGCUAGCUCUGACUGUCUGUAGCUAGCUCUCUGGCUGUCAGUAGCUAGCUCUCUGGGUGUCUGUAGCUAGCUCUCUGGGUGUCUGUAGCUAGCUCUCUGGGUGUCUGUAGCUGUCUGUAGCUAGCUCUCUGGGUGUCUGUAGCUGUCUGUAGCUAGAUCUCUGGGUGUCUGUAGCUGUAUGUAGCUAGGUCUCUGGCUGUCUGUAGCUAGCUCUCUGGGUGUCUGUAGCUAGCUCUCUGGGUGUCUGUAGCUAGCUCUCUGGGUGUAUGUAGCUAGCUCUCUGGCUGUCUGUAGCUAGCUCUCUGGGUGUCUGUAGCUAGCUCUCUGGCUGUCUGUAGCUAGCUCUCUGGCUGUCUGUAGCUAGCUCUCUGGGUGUCUGUAGCUGUCUGUAGGUGUCUGUAGCUAGCUCUAUGGGUGUCUGUAGCUAGCUCUCUGGGUGUCUGUAGCUAGCUCUCUGGCUGUCUGUAGCUAGCUCUCUGGCUGUCUGUAGCUAGCUCUCUGGCUGACUGUAGCUGUCUGUAGCUAGCUCUCUGGGUGUCUGUAGCUAGCUCUCUGGGUGUCUAUAGCUGUCUGUAGCUAGCUCUCUGGCUGUCUGUAGCUAGCUCUCUGGGUGUCUUGUAGCUAGCUCUCUGGCUGUCUGUAGCUAGGUCUCUGGGUGUCUUGUAGCUAGCUGUCUGUAGCUGUCUGUAGCUAGCUCUCUGGCUGUCUGUAGCUAGCUCUCUGGGUGUCUUGUAGCUAGCUCUCUGGCUGUCUGUAGCUGUCUGUAGCUAGCUCUCUGGCUGUCUGUAGCUGUCUGUAGCUAGCUCUCUGGCUGUCUGUAGCUAGCUCUCUGGCUGUCUGUAGCUGUCUGUAGCUAGCUCUCUGGCUGUCUGUAGCUAGCUCUCUGGGUUUCUAGCUGUCUUAGUUGUCUGUAGCUAGUAUCUCAGUGGGACAUUGUGACUGACUCAGUGUGCCCUGUCUCUCUCUCCCUCUUGUUAGGAGCCACACCCCCCUCGUAUGUCAUCAGAGAGUGCCUCUAGGAGGCAGGCCCGCAUGGACACUCUACCCCCCAACCUGUUUGAACAGCUCGACAAACUACGCCCUUUUAUGGAGGUAGAGAGGAAUCCUUCUCCUAUAUUUCAUCAGAAUCAUAAAGUUUCUCUAGUAGUCUAUAUCAUUGCCCCUACAUUUAAUAUUACAAUAGCCACUUCAGUAUUCAAAAUUGGAUUGUGUGUGUGUGUGUGUGUGUGUGUGUGUGUGUGUGUGUGUGUGUGUGUGUGUGUGUGUGUGUGUGUGUGUGUGUGUGUGUGUGUGUGUGUGUGUGUGUGUGUGUGUGUGUGUGUGUGUGUGUGUGUGUGUGUGUGUGUGUGUGUGCCUAGGUGGUGUGUGAUGGGCGGCCUCUGGUCCAGGCGGUGGUUCCCAGGAACCAGAACCGCUCCUUUAUCAUCCAGGGCUCUGACGUACUGGUGAGAACACAAUCACAGACACACAGAGACACACUAGAGAAGGGACACACUGAUACCUCACUGACACCAGCCUCUCAUACACUCAACACAGCUACAUCAAACAACACAUUCACACACAAUAAGGUGUGCUAAAGGCAUUUCACCUUUCUGCUUGGUUGAAGGGGUACAGAGGUUCAGCAUAGGGUUGCAAAAUUCCACUAACUUUCCAAGGUUAACCAGAAAUCCCAGUCGGUAGAUUCCUGGAAUGAGGAGGAAAUAAGCUGUAAGUCUGGGAAUGCUGCUACCAGGACUUCUGGAAAACCUGGGGAUUUUGGGGAAAGUUACCAGAAUUGUUCAACCCUAGUGCAUUAUGGGGCUUCUUUUGACUGUCCCCCCCCUCCCCCUCUGUUCCCUUCCUUCCCUGUAGGUGACAGUGAGUUCUAACGGUCUGAUUGGGACCCACAGCUGGCUGCCUUACGAUAAGAACAUCGCCAACUACUUUACCUUCACCAAGGACCCCACCGUGGCCAAUCCCAAGUAAGUUAAUGGCCCUACAGAAUGCCUGUCAAGAAAUGACAGAUGUAAAUCCCACUCUAAACACAGAGAGAAGGAUAAGGAGGAACCCCAACACAGCGUCCCAAAUGGCACCCUAUUCCCUAUAUAGUGCCCUACAGGACCCUAUGGGCUCUGGUCAAAAGGAGUGGGCUAAAUAGGGAACAGUGUGCCAUUUGGGACUCCGGCUGUGUAGUGUGUCGCCAGCCCAUCUGGUCCCCAGCUCAGCUGCUUGGUUUUAUUAAUGUGACUCCAAAUCAGAAGUUUGAAUUGAUGGAGAAGUCUGUUUGUGUUUUAUGGGACUGGAGCGUUAGAACUACAGUGGACGUAUAAACAUGUAUCUUAUUGGGAUUAGUCUGAAUGGGAAACACUUGAGUUACUUUUCAUUGGUAAACAACAUCUUUCUGCUAGAAAAUGUUAAAGGACAAAUCACCAUUUGUUAAUAUUAACAUGGCACAACUAUAUAAACAUAUUGGUUUCAACAACCUCUCUUCCUUCAGUUAAAGGCCCGUUAUUGUAAAUUAUUACUAGGUUUACUCAACUCCCACCUCCUCUCUUAACUCUCUCCUCUCUUAACUCUCUCCUCCCCCUCCUCUUACAUUUCUUCCUUUCUCCCUCUCUUCCUACCAUCCCUCCCUCCCUCCUGCAGAACCCAGCGGUUCCUGAGUGGUCUCUUAUUCCCAGGGGUAGAGCUCAGUACUCAGGUGUUGGUGGUGUCUAACGAUGGCCGUCUGCUGUUCAGUGGAGGACACUGGGACUGCAGCCUCCGAGUCACCCAUCUGGGAAAGGGCAAACUGGUGGGCAAGAUCUGCCGACACAUCGGUGAGCUAGGGAGGAUGGGGGACGGGGAGGGAGGACGGGAGGAUGGGGGGAGGGAGGAUGGGGAGGGAGGGGGGAGGGAGGAUGGGGAGGGAGGACGGACGGGGAGGGAGGGAGGGAGGACGGGGGAGACCAUGUAUCACGUUUGUCAGAGUAAGAGUGCUGAUUUAGGAUCAGUUUGACCUUUUAGAUCAAAAUCAGUAUGGUUACAGGGGGGGAUCUGAUUCUAGAUCAGCCCCCAAAGAGAUGACAUAGUUCUAUUGUAUUCUGUUGGCCAGAUAGAGAUGAGAGUUACUGUCUGUUCUGUCUGUCCUAUCUUUCCUGUCUGUCCUGUAGACCUGCUAACAUGUCUGAUAGUGAUGAGAGUGUCCUGUCUGUCCCGUAGACCUGGUAACAUGUCUGAUAGUGAUGAGAGUGUCCUGUCUGUCCCGUAGACCUGGUAACAUGUCUGAUAGUGAUGAGUGUCCUGUCUGUCCUGUAGACCUGGUAACAUGUCUGAUAGUGAUGAGAGUGUCCUGUCUGUCCUGUAGACCUGGUAACAUGUCUGAUAGUGAUGAGAGUGUCCUGUCUGUCCUGUAGACCUGCUAACAUGUCUGAUAGUAAUGAGUGUCCUGUCUGUCCUGUAGAUGUGGUGACUUGUCUGGCUCUGGACCUCUGUGGUAUCUACCUCAUCUCUGGUUCCAGGGAUACAUCCUGUAUCGUGUGGCAGGUUCUACAGCAGGUAAGACUUUCCUCUUCCACAAUCGCGAGUCUUAGAAAAUCAGUAGCACUAGUAGAAUAAGCAGCAUAGAAAUGAUCUUGUAAUUAUCUUCAUAUUUGUACUUUCUCUAUAAAAUGGUCUUCUGAUGGAGAGUCAAAAAGGUUUAAUCUCUCUCUCUCCAUCCCCUCCUCUCCCCUCUCCCAGGGUGGGUUCUCCAGUGGUCUCUCUCCUCGUCCAGUGCAGGUCCUCUGUGGACACGACCAGGAGGUCACCUGUGUGGCAAUCAGCACCGAGCUGGACAUGGCUGUCUCUGGGUCAAAGGUGAGAGGUCAGGGGUCAGAGAUGGUGUGUUAAAGGGGAAUCUGUGAUUUGAGAGAGCCCUUCAAUCCAGUUUGAGUGAAAUGAUCCAGGGUGUAGACUGUCACAUUUGGUUUCUUACUCUCUCUCCCCUCCCCCUCUCUCUCUCUUGCCCCCCUCUCUCUCUUUCCCCCUCUCUCUCUCUCUCUCCCCCCCCCUCUCUCCCCUCUCUCUCUCUCAGGAUGGUACUCUGAUAAUCCACAGUGUACGUCGUGGCCAGUUCCUUCGUACCCUGCGUCCACCCGGUGAGAGCUGCCUGCCUGCCCGGGUCACUGAGCUGCAGGUGGGCAUGGAGGGGCACAUCGUGGCACAGACCGCCCUGGAGGGACUCACUGCUGGGAAGGUACGGAACACACACACGCAUUCAUUUACAUGCACACAAGCACACACACACACUCAACCAUAUUUAUAUUUAAUUUAAUUGGAUCUCUCUCAAUAAUCCCCUCUUCCCUCUCUUUGUGUGUCUCUCUUCUCUCUCUCUCUCUCUAUCUCUCUCUCUCUCUGUCCUGUAUUAAAGGAGAAGUACUCCCUCCAUGUUUACUCUGUGAACGGCUGUCUGCUGUCGUCUGUCAGCCUGGAGGAACAGGUGACAGCUCUCUACCUGGUCCCUGAUUACAUCAUCCUGGGAACCCAGCAGGGAAACCUACACAUCAGACACCUGCACAGGUGAGACAUGCAACACAGUGUGUAUGGCCAUCAUCAGUAAUACACUUCAAUUAGACUACACCACCUUCCAUAACAUUGUGUGUGUGUGUGUGUGUGUGUGUGUCAGUCUGGUGCUGGCUGUGUCUCCCCUGGCGUUGAAGGUGGCUGUGAGGAGUGUGUCGGUGACCAAAGAGAGCAGCCACAUCCUGGUGGGCCUGGAGGAUGGAAAGCUCAUCGUGGUGGGGGCCGGGAAACCAGAGGAGGUAACGUCUGCAUCCCAAAUGGCACCCUAUUCCAUAAAGCAAUUGCACCUAAUUUUCUAUCCCAUAUGUAUUUCAUGUUAGAUGAUAACAAGGAUCUUUAGUUCAAUAACAUCCCUGAUAGUUACAUUCCCCUAGUUUCAACACAUGCUCAGUCAGUGCUCAGAGACCUGUUGCUCUCUCUCUCUCUCUCCUCUCGCUCUCCUCCUCCCUCCAUCCUCCCCUCCUCCUCGCUCCCCCCUGCCUCUCUCUCUCCUCUUCCUAGGCUCUCUCUCUCUCUCUCUCUCUCUCUCUCUCUCUCUCUCUCUCCCUAGGUGCGCUCGGGUCAGUUCUCCCGUCGGCUGUGGGGCUCAACACGCAGGAUCUCUCAGGUUUCCUCAGGAGAGACAGAAUACAACCCCACUGAUACUUCUGGGAAGUGAGGGUCGCCAUGAAAACAUACAGAAGGCAAUAUUAUCGUAGUAUAUUAGGUUCUCCCGAGGCUUGGUUGAUGGCUGGCACCCAAUUCCUAUAUAGUGCCUAUUGGGUUCUGGUCACAAGUAGUGCACUAUAUAGGGAAUAGGUUGCCACUUGGGACACAGACCUUUUUUUGGGACACAUACCUUUUUUUAUCCGCCAGCAGUGGAUUUGCUGGAUCAGAAUGAAGGGAGUAGAGACCCUGGAUGUUGGUGUCAGAAAGCCCACCCAGAACUUUACUGGACUGACUGACCGUUAAAUGGACUGUAAUCUCUAGCCUCCCCAACCUCUAUGGGUCCAAACCUCUAUGGGUUCAAGCCACUGAGCUCUCCGAGAGACACACGAUUAAACCAAGGCUUUUUUUUUUCUACACAAGGGAAAAUAAAGUAUUUCUUUAUUUAGGUGGUUUUAUACUCUGUUUUUAAAAAGGCAUCAUUCCAAAGAUUACUUGUGUUUUGUAGACAAGAGAGGAGACCUUGUUUUUAUGUGGUUCCCGACCCCUUUUACUGGGUUGUUCCAAGGCCAGUUGUGUGGCAAUGGCACCUUGUCUAAAAGUCCUAGAAACUUGAAAACUAUAAACGUUGCAAGAGAUUCCCAUGGUGAAGUACCAGUGGAUCCCACUAGAGGGCUGGAUUUCUCUCUCUACAUGUGUGCUGGAAAUAGAAAAGCAUUAACUGUUUGGAACGGUCCAGACCAGUGUUUCCCAACCCUGGUCCUCCAGUACCCCCAACAGUACACAUUUAUAUUGUAACCCUGGAAAAGCACAGCUAAUUCAACUAGUCAACUAAUCAUAAAGUCCUCAAUGAGCUGAAUGAGGUGUGUUUGUCCAGGGCUACAACGAAAAUGUGUACUACUGGAGGACCAGGGUUGGGAAACACUGGUCCGGACAGUAUGUGUGGUUUGUAUUGUCAUAUUGUCACAUGAUGGAUGGUGACGUUCACAACAAAUGAAUCACUGUUGCCUUAAAUAGGAGAGAAGAGAUCACUGUUUUAUUACGGUAAAUAGCAUCUGAAUGCAGAUCAUAUUACUGGUUUAGAUUAUUGGUUUGAUUGGUUUUGUUUGUUCCUGAUGUAUUGCCUGUGUUGCAUUUAUUGAUGACUCAUUUAGUUUGUCAGUGACCUUCAUCUUCACUCCUUACACAGAUACUAUUUUCCAGCAGAGAAUACCUUAUUAUAACCUGUUCUUAUUGUUGAAAACUGUUGUAACUGAAAAGUGCCUUUCAUCUUUUCCCUCGAACACUGAUUUGCACAAGAUGAGAUGAUCCCAUCUUAUUUUUCAGUCUCUCCAUCUGCCUGCCAGCUUUUCCCCUGCGUUCCCCUCCCCUCCUCCUCCUGCUCUGUCCAUCACUUUUACUUCUGUAGUAGGCUGGUGUUUUACAGUUGCUCCAGUCUUCAUAAGGAACCUACGUCCUCCACACCAAAUCACUUGUAACUAACAGCUCAUAUUGUUAGGACACUGUUAGACAGAAAGCUGUUAAAGUGUCCUCAUCUGUCAGGGCUAGGCUAUUUAACCUUUUACACUGCUAUUAUCUUAUUAUUUUCUGAAGCACUGAACCCUUUUGAACCAGAGAUGGUAUGUGUCCCAAAUGGUACCCUUUUCCCUAUAUAGUGCACUACUUUUGAUCAGGGCUCUGGUCAAAAGUACUGCAGUAUAUAGGGAAUAGGGUACGAUUUGAAACGCUGUCGUGGUGUCUGUAGAACACAUGGGUGGAAAGACAGAUUGGGCUCCCAACGAGCCAGUAGAGGAAUGUACUUCCUGUGAAAACCCCCCCUCCCUUGUUGCGGCUGGGUUGGAGAGAGUCUAUUGUUAUGCACUGUCAUGAUGGGAUGGGAGAGACGCAAAGGGGGCGUCCCAAAUGGCACCAUGUGUAGUGCACUACUUUUGACCAGGGCCCAUAUAUGGUGGCAUUUGGGACUCACAAACAAAGACAAAGGGAACCGUUGGGAAAAUGCAAUGGCAACAAAAUGGCACGUACCGGCUAACGUCUCUAGUCUCUACUAACAGAGAGUGAGAAAAAAUAGAGAAUAUUGCUGUAAUCUUUUCCACCAGCUGGCUCUCUCAGUAGCACUUGAGCCUGGGAAUGAGGUUAAUGUUGCUGUAACUUUUGAUGGUUGUUUUAUAGCGUGUUGCUAUACUAUGUGUUUAAAAGGUCAAGGGUCACAAUAUAUGGUAAUGUGUUAUUACAUGUUUCUUUUAAUGAUCUGGCUGUGAUGUUGAUAGAGUUUCUUUUUUUCUUUUUUUUUAAAGGUAUGCCUGAAAUGCCUGCAGAAAUUAGAAGUGUCUGUUUGCUUUGUCUAUUGUCAAUCGUGUCUCUAUUGGCCCUGGUCCAAAGUAGGGCACUAUAGAGGGAAUAGGACCUAUGGGAUUCUGACUUGUUUUCAUAAUCAGUUCAUUCGCUUUUCUUCUCCUGACUGAUCUCUCAUCAGACCUGCGUUCAAAUACUAUGCAGAAUAAUAAAACAAAAAUACGUUAUCUGAGCUUCAUUGAGCAUGCCUGGUUUAAUGGACCAAUAAAAUUGUCCCAAAACGGGAAAAACCCUGUCCGUCUGACAUUCUUGGCAGGCUAGAGCAAACGCUCAAAAUAUUUGAAAGAUUAAAAGUAGUAUUUGAACCCAGGUCUGUGUCCCAUACCACAGUCCCUGAUCCCCAGGACACUAUUGCUGUAUAAAGAGCUCCAGGUAGAAGUUGCCCCUAGACACUGAUCUAGGAUCAGAUUCCCCCCCAGAUCCUAACCUUAACUGUUAAUGGGGAAAAUUAAAAAUGUAUCUAAAGGCUUCAGCAAGGCCUGGCCGAAGUCGGCUAGCCGAACCGAACGAGCAUCCUCGCAUAUGCCCUUAAAAGACCUUCGCUUGAAAAACCAGAAUAAUGCAGCAAUAGUACUGUUUGUCCAUUUUGAGAUGCCGUAGUCCGUAUACACUUCCUCAAAAUAGUCUGAAUUAAUCUAAGAUAACUCAAGAAAUCUGUCAUUAAUUUUUACGUUUUUGCCGAGGAGAUCUUAGUUAGUCAUGCAAUUUUACAGUGGUGGAAAAAGUACUCAAUUGUCAUACUUGAGUAAAAGUAAAGAUAUCAUAAUAGAAAAUGACUCAAGUAAAAGUGAAUGUCACCCAGUAAAACCCUACUUGAGUAAAAGUCUAAAAAUAUUUGGUUUGAAAUAUACUUAAGAAUCAAAAGUAAAUGUAAUUGCUAAAAUAUACUUAAGUAUCAAAAGUAAAAGUCAAAAUCAUUUCAAAUUCCUUAUAUUAAGCAAACCAGACGGCACAAUUUUCUUGUCGUUUUAAUUAACGGAUAGCCAGGGGCACACUCCAACACUCAGACAUCAUUUACAAACGACGCAUUUCUGUUUAGUUAGUUCGCCAGAUCAGAGGCAGUAGGAGGACCUGGGAUGACCAUUUUCCUGUCCUGCUAAGCAUUCAAAAUGUAACGAGUAGUUUUUGGUGUCAGGGAAAAUGUAUGUAAUAAAAAGUAUAUUAUUUUCUUUUAGGAAUGUAGUGAAGUAAAAGUAGUCAAAAAUAUAAAUAGUAAAGUAAAGUACAAAUACCCCCCAAAACGACUUAAGCAGUACUUGAAAUAGUUUUUACUAAAGUACUUUACACCACUGCAAUUUAACGUCUAAGAUGUUUGGUGCAGUAUUUCUCAAUGAAAACAUGUGCAUGAAAAUGAGUCGUUUCACAUUGAAUGACAACAAAGACUUUAUAGAGCCUCACAGUGGAGGUGUCAUAAUACCCAGAAAACCUAGCGGUCAAACAGGGAAAUGGUUCCAAUCGUUUUUCCACCAUGACAUAGGGGAUUUUAGAAACACUUAAAAUAAGGGCUGUGUUUCGUGUAGGCUAACCCUGGCGGGAUGUUUUGAUAACCAUGUAAAUCUCUCUCGGACAAGGUGACUAUUUACUCUCAGAUUCUAAAAUGCUAAUUUGCAUCAAAGUAGACAUCAUGCAAGACUACAAAUCCCUGCAAGCUCCUGCACGUCAUCUCUAGCUGACACCUUUGCUAACAGGUAUUGUGUCAAUUUAAAACUUGCGCAAGACCGUUCACUGAAUAUUCCAUUUUAUUCAUUAGUACAUUUAGCUAACAUUAGAUAGUUAAUCCAGAGAUUCUUACCUUUGCCUCGAUUCGGCAGUUUCCCACGGGGGGGCCAGUAUGAAAAAAUAUAUAUAAUAAUAAUGUAUGCACUCACUAACUGUAAGUCGCUCUGGAUAAGAGCGUCUGCUAAAUGACUAAAAUGUAAAUGUAAAAAUCAUCAUGGCAUUUGUAGUUCUUUAUGAUAGCCUAAUUAGCAUAAUUUUUUGGGGGGGUAAAUCACCUUGAUAAAAGUAAACUUGUCCUAGAGAGAUUUGCACGGUUAUCAAAACGUCAUGCCAGGGUAAACCUACACAAAACACAGCCCUUAUUUUAAGUGUUUAAAAAAAAAAACAAUGGGAAAAAUGAAUGGUGGAAAAACAAUUGGAAACCAUUUUCCUGUUUGACCGCUAGGUUUUAUGGGUAUUAUGACUCAUACUGUGGUACUCUAUUGAAGAAUCCCUACUGCUGACCAAUCACAGACGAAGGGGUGUAGAUUUUGGCUCCAAACUUCGGCUUGACUCCAGAAAAUGUUUUGUUUGCCUGAAAAGCCGAAAAAGAACCUCACCGAAGUCCAAAACAAACAAAAAACAUCACAAAUAAUACAGUAUAUAUAACACUGCCAAACUGUUUUGGCUGGGAAGCAUGCGGACGCCUUAAGAUCAGCGUCUGGGGCAACUUCACCCUACUCCAUGUUUACGUCCCUAAUGGCACCCUAUUCCCUACAUAGUGCACUACUUUGGGCCCUGGUCAAAAGUAGUGCACUACAUAGGGAAUAGGGUGGCAUUUGGGAUGCAUCCCAUAUAAAUACUGUACAUAUCUGAGAGAGACUAAAAAAGUGUGCUCAUUUGCACCCAGCACAAUCCCAACUGAAGCCUGAUGUGAGGUGAUGUGAGGGCGGGCCUGUCUUGGUUUGGACCUGUUCUACUGCUUCUGAACUACUGUUUUGGUGUCUCUAAUGUUCUUCUAAGAUGUUGAAAUAACAAGCUUUUCUAAUCAAACCGCUUGUCUGUCAUGUGUCACUUUUCCAUAAGCACACAGCUCACGUCCUCAAGAUGAUUAUCUGUGAGAUUAUCAUUUACUCCAGUGUGAUGAUCCUCAAAAGCAAUCAAUCAAAUGUAUUUAUAAAGCCCUUUUUUACAUCAGCAGAUGUCACAAAGUGCUAUACAAACCCAGCCUAAAACCCCAAACAGCAAGCAAGGCCGUGCCGAUCUGAUGUUACUUCUUCAACUCAGCCCAUCUUGUUGUCAAUUUAAUUUAAUUUUUUUAUUUUACCUUUAUUUAACUAGGCAAGUCAGUUAAGAACAAAUUCUUAUUUACAAUGACGGCCUACACCGGCCAAACAUGCUGGGCCAAUUGUGCGCCGCCCUAUGGGACUCCCAAUCACGGCCGGUUGUGAUACAGCCUGGAAUCGAACCAGGGGGGUCUGUAGUGACGCCUCAAGCACUGAGAUGCAGUGCCUUAGACCACUGCGCCACUCGGGAGCCCAGAGGAUCAUUCAUGUAUUCCUUCACUCAGAGAGGGAGAGACUCUGCUUAUUCUACCACUUAUCUCAACUGUUUUUCUCUUGUAGAUUAUUAUUAUUUAUUAUUCUUUGAAAAGGUCACAGCAGAUAGGCCACAUUUAUUUAAAGAGGAUCCUUUGAUCCAACAUCCAGUCAGCUAGCCUAUAAACACCUCAAGGGGACAAUUCAGCAGGCCAUAGAGGAAGGGGGGGAUAAAACAGGCCUGUAGCCCUUCCAGUCAAUACAAGCAGAGAAAGAGAAUGAGAGGUGGGAAGUCAGGAAGGAAGGGAGGGAUGGAGGGGAGGAGGGAUACAGAGGCUAUUCUCCCUCUGAUGUGGUCCUGUUGACAAUGGGAGGAGGGAUACAGGGGCUAUUCUCCCUCUGAUGUGGUCCUGUUGACAAUGGGAGGAGGGCUUGACACCUUGCUCUCGGUUCUAGCAGGUAGAUAGCUCCUCCUGUCCUAUCCGGACCUCUCUAGUCCUGAGUGGAGACCGAUGGUGGUGGAAGAAGGAGGCUGUAUCCCAAAUGGCACCCUAUUCCCUAUGUAGAGCAUUACUUUUGACCAGGGCCCAUAGUGCCAUUUGAGACACAGCCCUGUCCUCUCCUGAGGAGAGACCCUCCCUCCCUGUCUCUCUCCUCGCUGCCUCCCUCCCUGUCUUCUUCUCUCCUCCCUCCCUCCCUGUCUCUCCUCUCGCUGCCUCCCUCCCUCCCGGUCUUCUUCUCUCCUCCUUCCCUCCCUCCCUCCCUGUCUUCUUCUCUCCUCCCUCCCUCCCUGUCUCUCCUCUCGCUGCCUCCCUCCCUCCCGGUCUUCUUCUCUCCUCCUUCCCUCCCUCCCUCCCUGUCUUCUUCUCUCCUCCCUCCCUCCCUAUGUCUCUCCUCUCACUGCUUCCCUCCUUGUCUUCUUCUCUCCUUCCCUCCCUCCCUGUCUCUUCUCUCCUCCCUCCCUUCCCUCCCCUCCAAUGUCUGCUCUCUCCUCCUCCCUCCCUCCCUCCCUGUCUUCUUCGCUCCUCCUUCCCUCCCUACCUGUCUCUCCCCUCCCUCCCUCCCUCCUCCCUCCCUCCUCCCUCCCUCCCUCCCUCCCUGUCCCUCUCCCCCCCGUCCCUCCCUCCCUGUCUUCUAUUCUCUCUCUCCCUCCCUCCCUCCCUUCUUCUUCUCUUUCUCCCUCCCUCCUCCCUCCCUCCCUCCGCCCUCCCUCCCCUCCCUCCCUCCCUCCCUCCUCCCUCCCUCCCUCCUCCCCCUCCCUCCCUCCUCCCUGUCUCCUUCUCCCUCCCUCCCUCCCUCCUGUCUUCUUCUCUCCUCCCUCCCUCCCCUGCUCUUCUCUCUUUCCCUCCCUCCCUCUCUUUCCCUCCCUCCCUUUAGAGCAGAUGAAGAGAGAAUCAUACAGGUGGAUGGUAUCUGCUCUGAACUAACCAGUAGAGCAGAUGAAGAGAGAAUCACACAGGUGGAUGGUAUCUGCUCUGAACUAACCAGUAGAGCAGAUGAAGAGAGAAUCACACAGGUGGAUGGUAUCUGCUCUGAACUAACCAGUAGAGCAGAUGAAGAGAGAAUCACACAGGUGGAUGGUAUCUGCUCUGAACUAACCAGUAGAGCAGAUGAAGAGAACCACCAGAAUAAAUACAUGGAAAUCUGGCAACUCGAACUGUCAGCACAAGCAGCUCACAGAUGUUGUACUGGCCUUUCUUGAAAUAACACUUGAUGUCGUGUGUUUGUCGUACCUAGCAGUUUCUUUGUUACAUUCCCUACAGUUGAGUCACGCUUCAAUCUUUGUUGGCACGUUCCUCUUUGUUGGCACGUUCCUCUUGCAGUGUGAGAGUCUGAUUUUCCUUCUGGAAUGUUCUCCCAUCUCCACAGAGGAACUCUAGAGCUCUGUCAGAGUGACCAUCGGGUUCACCUCCCUGACCAAGGCCCUUCUCCCCCGAUUGCUCAGUUUGGCCGGGCGGCCAGCUCUAGGAAGAGUCUUGGUGGUUCCAAACUUCUUCCAUUUAAGAAUGAUGGAGGCCACUGUGUUCUUGGGGAUCUUCUAUGCUGCAAAAAGCGAUUGGUACCCUUCCCCAGAUCUGUGCCUCAUGGCUUGGUUUUUGCUCUGACAUGUACUGUCAACUGUGGGACCUUAUAUAGACAGGUGUGUGCCUUUCCAAAUCAUGUCCAAUCAAUUGAAUUUACCACAGGUGGACUCCAAUCAAGUUGUAGAAAUCUCAAGGAUGAUCAAUGGAAACAGGAUGCACCUGAGCUCAAUUUCGAGUCUCAUAGCAAAGGGUCUGAAUACUUAUGUAAAUAAGAUAUUUCUGUUUUUUAUUUUUUAUAAAUGUGCUAACAUUUCUAAAAACCUGUUUUCACUUAGUCAUUAUGGGGUAUUUUGUGUAGAUUGCUGAUGAUUUUUUUUUUUUUUAAUCAAUUUUAGAAUAAGGCUGUAAAGUAACAAAAUGUGGAAAAGUCAAGUGGUCUGAAUACUUUCCGAAGGCAUGGUAUGUGGAUACCUGCUCGUCGAACAUCUAAUUAAAAAAUCACGGGCAUUAAUAUGGAGUUGGUCCCCCCUUUGCUGCUAUAACAGCCUCCACACUUCUGGGAAGGCUUUCCACUAGAUGUUGGAACAUUGCUGCGGGGACUUGCUUCCAUUCAGCAACGAGCAUUAGUGAGGUCGGGGACUGAUGUUGGGCGAUUAGACCUGGCUCGCAGUCGGCUUUCCAAUUCAUUGCAAAGGUGUUCGAUGGGGUUGAGGUCAGGGCUCUGUGCAGGCCAGUCAAGUUUUUCCACACCGAUCUCGACAAACCAUUUCUGUAUGGACCUCACUUUGUGCACGGCGGCAUUGUCAUGCUGAAACAGGAAAGGGUCUUCCCCAAACUGUUGACUCAAAGUUAGAAGCACAGAAUUGUCUAGAAUGUCAUUGUAUGCUGUAGCGUUAAGAUUUCCCUUCACUGGAACUAAGGGGCCUAGCCCAAACCAUGAAAAACAGCCCCAGACCAUUAUUCCUCCUCCACCAAACUUUACAGUUGGCACUAUGCAUUGGGGCAGGUAGCGUUCUCCUGGCAUCCUCCAAACCCAGAUUCGUGCGUGGGACUGCCAGAUGGUGAUGCGUGAUUCAUCACUCCAGAGAACACGUUUCCACUGCUCCAGAGACCAAUGGUGGCGAGCUUUACAAAUCAAAUCAAAUCAAAUUGUAUUUGUCACAUGCGCCGAAUACAACAGGUGUAGACCUCACCGUAAAAUGCUUACUUACAAGCCCUUAACCAACAAUGCAGUUCAAGAAAUAGAGUUAAGAAAAUAUUUACUAAAUAAACUGAAGUUAAAAAAUAAUUAAAGUUACACAAUAAAAUAACAAGAACGAGGCUAUAUACAGGGGGUAACGGUACCGAGUCAAUGUGCGGGGGUACAGGUUAGUCGAGGUAAUUUGUACAUGUAGGUAGGGGUAAAGUGACUAUGCAUAGAUAAUAAACAGCGAGUAGCAGCAGUGUAAAAACAAAGGGGGGUUGGUCAAUGUAAAUAGUCUGGGUGGCCAUUUGAUUAAUUGUUCAGCAGUCUUAUGGCUUGGGGGUAGAAGCUAUUAAGGAGCCUUUUGGACCUAGACUUGGCGCUCCGGUACCGCUUGCCGUGCGGUAGCAGAGAGAACAGUCUAUGACUUGGGUGACUGGAGUCUUUGACAAUUUUUUGGGCCUUCCUCUGACAAAGCCUAGUAUAUAGGUCCUGUAUGGCAGGAAGCUUGGCCCCAGUGAUGUACUGGGCCGUACGCACUACCCUCUGUAGAGCCUUACGGUCAGAUGCCUAGCAGUUACCAUACCAGGUGGUGAUGCAACUGUUCAGGAUGCUCUUGAUGGUGCAGCUGGGGACCCAUGCCAAAUCUUUUUAGUUUCCUGAGAGGGAAAAGGUGUUGUCAUGCCCUCUUCACGAUUGUCUUGGUGUGUUUGGACCAUAAAAGUUUGGAACUUGAAACUCUCGACCCGCUCCACUACAGCCCUUUCAAUGUGAAUGGGAGCGUGUUCAGCCCUCCUUUUCCUGUAGUCCAUGAUCAGCUCCUUUGUCUUGGUCACGUUGAGGGAGAGGUUGUUGUCCUGGCACCACACUGCCAGGUCUCUGACCUCCUCCCUAUAGGCUGUUUCAUCGUUGUCGGUGAUCAGGCCUACCACUGUUGUGUCGUCAGCAAACUUAAUGAUGGUGUUGGAGUCGUGCUUGGCCACGCAGUCGUGGGUGAACAGGGAGUACAGGAGGGGACUAAGCACUCACCCCUGAGGGGCCCCUGUGUUGAAGAUCAGCGUGGCAGAUGUGUUGUUGCCUACCCUUACCACCUGGGGGCGGCCCGUCAGGAAGUCCAGGAUCCAGUUGCAGAGGGAGGUGUUUAGUCCCAGGGUCCUUAGCUUAGUGAUGAGCUUUGUGGGCACUAUGGUGUUGAACGCUGAGCUGUAGUCAAUGAACAGCAUUCUCACGUAGGUGUUCCUUUUGUCCAGGUGGGAAAGGGCAGUGUGGGGUGCGAUUGUGAUUGCGUUAUCUGUGGAUCUGUUGGGGCGGUAUGCGAAUUGGAGUGGGUCUAGGGUCUUGGGCACAGGGACUAUGGUGUUAUGCUUGAAACAUGUAGGUAUUACAGGGAGAGGUUAAAAAUGUCAGUGAAGACACAUCAAAUCAAAUGUUAUUUGCCACGUGCGCUGAAUACAACAGGUGUAGACCUUAGAGUAAAAUACGUACUUACAAGCCCUUAACCAACAAUGCAGUUAUUAAGAAAAUAAAAAAAAGUGUUAAGCGCAUGCUCUGAGAACACGUCCUGGUAAUCCGUCUGGCCCUGUGGCCUUGUGAAUGUUGACCUGUUUAAAGGUCUUGCUCACAUCGGCUACGGCGAGCGGGAUCACACAGUCGUCCGGAACAGCUGGUGCUUUCAUGCAUGCUUCAGUGUUGCUUGCCUCGACGUGAGCAUAAAAGGCAUUUACACCACUCCAGCCGACGUUUGGCAUUGCGCAUGGUGAUCUUAGGCUUGUGUGCGGCUGCUCGGCCAUAGAAACCCAUUUCAUGAAGCUCCCGACGAACAGUUCUUGUGCUGACGUUGCUUCCAGAGGCAGUUUGAAACUUGGUAGUGAGUGUUGCAACCGAGGACAGACAGUUUUUACACGCUUCAGCACUCGCCGGUCCCGUUCUGUGAGCUUGUGUGGCCUACCAAUUCACGGCUGAGCCGUUGUUGCUCCUAGAAGUUUCCACUUCACAAUAACAGCACUUACAGUUGACCGGGGCAGCUCUAGCAGGGCAGAAAUUUGACGAACUGACUUGUUGGAAAGGUGGCAUCCUAUGACGGUGCCACAUUGAACGUCACUGAGCUCUUCCGUAUGGGCCAUUCUACUGCCAAUAUUUGUCUAUGGAGAUUACAUGGCUGUGUGCUCGAUUUUAUACACCUGUCAGCAACGGAUGUGACUGAAAUAGCCGAAUCCACUAAUUUGAAGGGGUGACCACACACUUUUGUAUAUAUAGUGUAGGUACAUGCUUAUUAAAGUAUAUGUUGUAUACAAAUUAUAUAGGAUAAUUAGGAUGUCAAUAUAUAAUAUUGUAACCUAGCACUUGUAAUACCAGUAAGUAGGCUAAGCUCUACUGUAGUAGCCUGUCGAAGCACAAACACUGAUAUUUAGCUUAGGCCUAUUAGUUGGAAUCAGAGGUCAUCCAUUUUAUGGGUGUGACCCAGGCAUGCAGAAAGUAG